UUUACAAAGGAGUGAACGUAUGUACGUACGUCACGAAACAGUCAGGAAGUAAUAGGCAGUACGUGGCCUUUUUAUCUUGGUCUACAGGAGCAGAAGCUGUGCUUCAUACAAAAUGGAACUCGAGGCUAUGACCAGAUACACCAGCCCGGUGAACCCGGCUGUGUUCCCACAUCUGACGGUAGUCCUGCUGGCUAUCGGCAUGUUCUUCACCGCCUGGUUCUUCGUCUAUGAGGUCACUUCAACAAAAUACACCAGAGAUGUUUACAAAGAGCUGCUGAUCUCCCUUGUGGCUUCACUUUUCAUGGGUUUUGGUGUGCUAUUCCUACUCCUCUGGGUUGGCAUCUAUGUAUGAAGUUUUGGGAUUCAGGUGACUGACACAUGACACAACACAUUCCAGUAGAACGGAUAACAUCACACAAGGAACUGGAUUUCAAGAUAUGAUUGGACUGCACUGACGAUUUUGGGAUCAUAUGGACUGUUUUUCUUUUCACAAGUAAAGAAUAAUUUGUACAACUUGG